GGUGAGGGAGUUGGAGGAGAGAGAAUCGUCUCAGACUCCUUGAAGGAAAAGUGUUGGGAGCACCUGAACCCGUUAGUUAGACUGAAGCCGUGUAUACACACAGUUACGGUAACCGUGGGGCUUUGACCGCAAACACAGCACUGUUAUCAUGAAGGUAACAAUAAUAGGAGCUCCUUCACAUCGGCCGGCUGGAUUCUGAUUGCUUUUUCUGAAUGGGAGUGAAGAAGUAGAGGCAGCGCGUGCAGCGGAGCUCAGCUGGGCUCGUGGAGCUCUAUUCAACUUUGCGGAAAUAUGUGACUGUGGCAAAUGAGUUUGUAACAUGGAGCAGUCGGACAGUCUGGACAUAGAGUCGCUGAAGGUCACCCAGGAGCGGUUCGUGCUGGCGUCCCAGUCGCUGCACCUCCAGAGGCCGGCCUGCGACGCCGCCGCGUGCCCCGUGGGCCUGUACGGCUGGAGGAAGCGAUGCCUCUACUUCUUCCUGCUGCUGCUCCUCGUCACCAUGAUUGUCAACCUGGCCCUCACUGUCUGGAUCAUCAAGGUUAUGAAGUUCUCAGUGGACGGAAUGGGAGGCCUCCGGCUGAACAACGACGGGAUCCGCCUGGAAGGAGUGUCCGAGUUUCUCCUGCCGCUGUAUGUAAACGAGAUCCAGUCCAGAAGGGACAGCUCGCUGGUCCUGCGCUCGGAAAAGAACAUAACGCUGAACGCCAGAAACGGCCGCGGGCAGAUGACGGGACAGCUCACAGUGGGACCUGACGCCGUGGAGGCGCAGUGUCAGCGGCUGGCGGUGCGGAGCAGCGACGGAGGCCGGCUGCUGUUCACCGCAGACGACGGCGAGGUCAUCAUGGCCACAGAGAAGUUCACCGUCACAGGCUCUGAAGGCGCCGUCUUUGGACAUUCAGUAGAAACUCCUCAGAUCCGAGCGCGGCCCUCUGAAGACCUGAGGCUGGAGUCUCCGACGCGCACCCUGAGCAUGGAGGCGCCCAGGGGGGUCGAAGUGAGCGCCGCCAAGGGGCCGCUGCAGGUCAGAGGUCGGAAGGAUCUGCGGCUGGAGUCCACUGACGGAGAGAUUCUUCUCGACGCCACCAGCAUCCAGCUGGGGCACCUCCCGCUGGGCGUCUUCACCACGACCGCCGGUCGGGCCUCGCAGGAGCAGCCGGCGUACGAGGUGUGCGUCUGUCCCAGCGGCAAGCUGUACCUGUCCCCUGCAGAGCGGGCCUCCACCUGCCAGGCCAUGAGCAGCAUCUGCCUCUGGAGCUGACCUGGGAGCGGCGUCGGGGCAACGCAGGCGCCGUCAGCAUCGGCUCAGGAGCUGCUGAGGUGGAGACGCGUCCGCGGGCGCAGAGGACGCGGCGGCGGCCGAGACGGGACUCUUCACGGCCCGAGCUCAGACGAGGCCAGGGCCUGCGCCGCCGGCAGCUCUGUGAAAGGAGGAGGACUGCACAUGAACAAGAGCAUUUCCACGAUAAGGGCAAAGUCUUUAUUUUUCUACUCCAGGUUCAUCGUAAACAAGCGAGCGUGUUUUCAUCUUAAGAGCAGGAGACGAUGCGCAGGUGCCUUCAGCUCGAAGCUGAGCGGCACUGGAUCUGACUGUGUGGAGUCGGUCGGAGGUUUCUAGAGCUGUUGCGUGAUACAAGCACAAUUCUGUCCCGAUUUUACAUUAUUUGAGUUUCCUCAAUAGCUACUUUAUGUUUCCCACUGUGUUAGUAGCCGUUUGAAAUUAAACAUGUUUCCUGUGGGCACACGCUGUAUUUGCAGUUAAACUUAAAGAUGAUAAAGGUUGAAGCAUUAAAGGCAACUGCUCUACAGAACCUACUCUACUGAUAGUGGAUGAGAAUCAGCAUGUAUCAAUUGCGAUUGUAACAACUGGACCAUCUGCUGACGGGGUUCACCUGAAAAGCUCCAGAACGGCGCGUCGGAGGCAUUGAGGUGAGAAGAUCCGAGACCCGUCGUGGGUUUGAUGACUCCCGUUGCGUUUAAAGGAGGAAAAGCUCAUUUAGUAGCAUGCUUGUCACUCUUGCAUAUUAAAUCCUUGCUCAGGAUGUGGGGUGUUCUCCCCUCAGAGGCGCCGCACCCCCCGCGGAGCUUGGCUGACCUUGUGACUGCAGCUGAGCGCGAGGCAGGCGUCCGUGAGUCUCACUCUGCCUCUCUUCCUCCACCAUCGCCCCCCAGGCACCGGCCGCUUGGGUGAGAUGUUAUUAUCAAAGUCUGUUUCCUUUAAGCUACAAUGUGCGAAACCAGCCAAUGUUGGUUGUUAUGAAAUUACAUUUCAUUUCUCCGCUAAUAGUGGAUCUGGCAGCGUCUGCAGACCUGCGGCGCGUUCUCAUAUUGAUUGACAGCCCCUGACAUCGGGCUGCUCUGAUUGGUUGGAAGGGGAGCACCUUCCGCGCUGCCAGGCUGUGGUACAGGCAGCCGUUUGCCGUGGACAAAUCAGACAGGUGAAUCAGCUCACCGCCACUAAUCCUGCCAGUGCUUCCUGCUCCUAAAUCUGUUUUAUUGCAGCCGCGCUCAAACUUGAAGCAGCACACCAGCAACGUGUUUUAUUCCGAAGUCUUGCAUUAACCUGAUGAGUAUCAGUGAAUGAAAGCUCCUCCGUUCCAUCUUUCCCUGUAACGUUGCUGUUCGUUGCACAGGAAAGCUGCUGUAGCGCCUGCUGCGGGGUGGAACAUUAUGCCGGCUUUCCUCAGCCCCGGGCUGCCUGAACAGAACUGGCCCAGACGCAAGGUUCAAACCACAUAUAUUUUUGGAGCAGUCACAGCUGAGCACCUUCACAGGCUUCCGGACUCUAAUUAAACCCAAAGUUAUCAUCAAAAAGCCAGAUCAGUGCUCAACUGCUGUGGAUUUUAAUCAAAUUUUCAUUGAAAAAAACACUUUCAGUUUGUUUUAUACCAUCGCAUGUAGGCAUUAAUCAUGUUCGCAGUUUCUCCAUGUGAGAAUUCACCUGAGCAGUUGCUCAGAAACGACCAGUGUGGCUCGAGUCUGGUGCCAGCUGAAGCUUGUUCGCCUUGAAAAGUCAACAUAAUUAACACUGAAACAAAGUAUAGCUGUGCACAUUAGCAUGACACGUGGGUGUUGUAAGAAACCGCCUCACAUCUCCAAACUAAUAAUUCACCAGCGGUAAUACACAAACCACCUAUUAAAUGAGUAGGAUGACAGGUGAAAGGUGCCGUAGACUUGCAAAAUUUUAAUAUGGGCUCACGAUGGGGAGUUGAAUGUGUUUUGCUGCUGGCUAAAAAACUCAAUUUUUGCAUUUCUGAUAAUGCUGAAACCUUCUUUUGGUUCCAACAGGCACCAGCUGCUCAGACCUCAGAGACUCGGUUGUUUUGGAUUCUAUAUUUGCAGUCAGUUUGAAGACUAAGUGUGGAUAACAUUAGGUCCUGAUCUUGGGAAUGCAAAUUGUCUUGUUUCAAACUAGUGCAAAUCUUCCUCAUCUUUUUCUUGUCUAGAAUCAUUAGUCUCCUAUU